AUGCCUACCGCUCCGCCCUACCUGCACAGCUACCCGGCCGAGAAAAGACGUGAAGUCUGGCUGCAAUGGGCUGUUUACAACAUCAGCCCAGUCUUUGAGCGCUUCCCAGGAGACCGCGCUUAUGUCGUUUUCCAGUUGGAAAAUCUCGAGUGGACAAAAGGCACUCACCUUCCUCCCGCCAACAGCGACUCAGAUGCCUGGUGUCGCCUCAAGCAAACCUGGGGUCCCUCAGAGCCGCCUCCCAAGGGAACCAUUCCCUCAGUGGCCGACUGCGAGGUUGUGCGUCUUUUGAACAAAGGCUACGUUCACGAGUACAUCGAGCUGAACCUGAGGAAGCACGGCUGGGAUCCCUACAAGUGCUGCGACCCGUCUCUCAAAGUCGAGCAGAAGAGACUCAACGCUCCUUCCCCGGCGAAACCUUCUUCCUCGGCGGCGGUGACUCCUGCUUCGACUGGUGCUCGUUCGUCUGCGGCGGCUUCUUCCUCCAAGACAACUCCUUCCUCCACGACAGCUCCUGCCUCGAAGACAGCUCCUCCCUCAAAGACAACAGGAACUGGGGUUCCCACCAGUGGAGCGACAACCGGCGAAUUACGUGAUCGCUUGAUACGUGCCAUGUCUUCGCCCUCCCGAGGUGCUUGGGCACCUGGACGUGGGACUUCCUCAUCUGUUCGAGGCACCUCAUCGCCGGUUCAAAGCAUUGAUUCCCCCGGACGCGCAUCCCCUUCACCCAUUCGUGGCGGUUCCCCAUCAGGUCGCGGUGGAAGAGGUCCAGGUACCAGUGGACGGGCUGGCUUCGUUUCUGGACGUGUCGGCCUGUCACCAAGACCGUCUCGGCCUACGGAGACUACUCCUUCUACGCCAGUGUUGCCAAAGCGAACACUUUCUGCCCCUUUCACGCCCCGGACAAGACCGAUUGUCAAAGAGGAAGGCACUGCUCGAACCACACCUUCUCCUGCUGUGCCAGUGAACCGGAACGCUGGUGUCGGAUCCACUCGAUCUCAGAAGCCUGCCCAGACAGCCCAAAAGGCUCACGCGUGGACACCCACGUUUGGAUCGAUGCCGGCUUCUUCCCAAGCCACACAAUCCAACUCGACCAAGUCGACGACAACUCCUGCAACCGGCUAG